AGGGGGGGUGGGUGGUGGAAAGAGGCAGGGGGAGGGAAGAGCGGUUGGAAAAAAUGACUUGGAUUUAACUGCUCCGCUGGCAUCUCGUUUUAUUCACGGCCAGGAGUUGCUGUUUUAAUUGGGAAGCCAAUUUUUUUUUUUUUUAGCUGGGGUGGGGUGGGGGGGGGAGAGGAGAAAGGAGGAGAGAGGAGAAGAAAAAAAACCCUCCUAAAGGAAGGAAGAAAGUGGGGGAGAAAAAGGAGAAGGCGGAAAAAAAAGUGAGGAGGGUUUCUUGAAACAGACGGCGCACAUUUUCUUGUUGUUUUGGAGAAGUUCGAGCUCCUCCAUAUUGGAGAGCAAAAGGACGAGCAGCAGCAACAACCCGCCACCGACAGUGGAGGAUAAAACACCCACCGCUAAACCCCACGGCCUCGGCACGACGACGACGACAAACAAAACUCCUCGUCUUUUUCCCCCGUCUCUCCGUUGACGACCAGGAGGAUUUUUUUGUUUGCGUGGGAACAGAAGAAGAGGGAGAGAACGAGAGAGAGAGAUAAUUCUCCUCAGCACACACUCACCGGACAGCCUGGCGUCUCCUCUCCCGGGCCGCCGCCGCCGCCGCCGCGCAAAGGCGGUUAUUUUUUGAAUCUUGGUUUUAUAAUAUAUAUAUAUACAAUCUCCACCCAUCAACGUUAAUCUAAAUGGUGGACUGACUCAAACAUUUUAACAAAAAAAUAUUAAUCCUCUGAUUGUGUGGAAGAAUCGUUUUUUUUACACACGAAAAAAAGUUGCAAGGGAAAUAUAUUUCCUGUAAUUUUUUUCUCUCUAAGGACGUGGCCUCCUCUUUCUGGCUGGUGUCUAUUGUAUAAUAAUAUACAUUAUUAUUUUUUAAAAAUUUCCUCGGGGGGGGGGGGGGUUAUUUUUUCGGUGCAUUUUCUGAAGGAGAGAGAGAGGCGAGGGCCCGGCGGCCGAGGGCUUGUUCGAUGGACAGCACGUCCAUUAUAACGCAGGUCUGCAAAGAGGAUGAGAUUAUUUCAUCGUCCCAGGAAAAAGUUUCUCAGAGCGGCCUCAGCUUGAAGAAGCAGAGGAGUCGGAGCUUUUUCAGCUCGUUCUUCUGCUGCUUUCGCGACUACAAUGUGGAAUCGGCAAACAUCAACAGCAACAGCAAUGUUCAGUCCCCAGCGGUGGAGGAGAAUGGGUCGGUCGCUAAGCCUCCAGCCAAAUACCUCUUACCAGAGAUGAGAGUGUCUGAUGUUGGAAGGAAAUGUGUAGUGAUCGACUUAGAUGAAACCUUAGUACAUAGUUCCUUUAAGCCUAUUAACAAUGCUGAUUUCAUUGUUCCUGUUGAGAUAGAUGGGACUGUUCACCAGGUUUAUGUGUUGAAAAGGCCGCAUGUCGACUUAUUCCUGCAGAAGAUGGGGCAGCUCUUCGAAUGUGUUCUCUUCACAGCCAGUCUAGCCAAGUAUGCAGAUCCGGUGGCAGACCUGCUGGAUCGCUGGGGCGUCUUCAGGGCCAGGCUCUUCAGAGAAUCGUGCGUUUUCCACAGAGGAAACUACGUGAAAGACCUUAGUCGACUAGGGAGGGACUUGAGUAAGGUCAUAAUAGUGGAUAAUUCACCGGCAUCCUACAUCUUCCACCCCGAAAACGCAGUGCCUGUGCAGUCGUGGUUCGACGACAUGUCGGACACAGAGUUGUAUGAUCUGAUCCCAUUCUUUGAAGGACUGAGCAAAGAGGAGGAUGUUUACACUAUGCUGCAGAACCUCCGUGGCAGGUAGCGACUGUGCUCCAGGCAUGUGGCAGUUUCCUUGCGUUGAUCUUGGCCCGAUUUUUUGUUUUAUUUUUAAAUUCCCCCUGCCCCUCCCUACCCAAUUCACACACAUCCCCCACACCCCGUCUCCUUCCCCGUUCUCCCCCCGAACCCCUUUGCAAAUGUUGUGUUUUCUUUUCUUUGUAACGAGAAAGCUUCCUUCACUUCCCCCGUCCCUUCCCCACCCCAUGCCUUGGAUCGGAACUGCACCUGGUGGAGUUAGGAGCAGGAAGCAAUCUGCAAACGGGAAGCACUUCAGCACCUGCUGCCCUGAGUUCGCUGUGAACAAGGUGACAUGCGGUCGUUCCAGCCUCUGCCAGCCUGGCGUCAGAAACGCACGAGCGACCAGACGUCGAGGAAACAACUACCAUUUUAAAAAGAAAUACAUCACACUUACAACACGUGGGAAACCAGGAGAAAUAUCCGCUGCAGACUGUGGUUUGAAUAUCAAUCUUCUUCUUUCCGCCUACCAAAAAAAAAAACACAAGUAUUGGGCAGUUCUGUGAUACUUUUGAAAGUUUUUUUUCCUCUUUGGUUUUCUUUUCGCAGAUAUUGCUAUGCAGACAGUCACUCUGAUCUACAGUAGCUGAUCUGAUUCUGUGAUCUCCUUUUUGCAGAAUGAAGUGCCUUUUGAAAACAAAAUUGAUAAUUUUAGACGAGAAAAAAAAAAAAAAGCAGACUUAAUUUUUUUGUACACCGCAUAUUCCAGAGAUCUUUUAUCUUUUAAUGACUGUAUGUUUUAAAACAAAAAAAAACAAAAAUUAAUCUUUAUGAGCACUGUUAUUUAUGCUGAACACAUUGAAUUCUAAGUGCUGGGUACAAGACUACAGAGCCAUUAGACUUCUAAAUUUUA